UAUGUUAUAGUUUGCGUAAAACUGCCAAAUUGUUAUAAAUGUUUAUUACAUGCUUUAUGCAGUAUGUGGACAUGUGUUGAAACUGCUCACAUGGAGUGAAUUCUCUACUGGUUAUUGUGCUAGUACGUAAAUUUAGCCAUAAUUACCUGAGAUUUAUUGCGGGUUUCGGUUAUUUUUGAACGUGAACGUUACUUGUUUUAUUUCGCAUUAAUACGUAUUAAUUCAUGAAUGUUCUGAGCCCAUCAUUUAGAAGUGGCGGCUUCCUAUACAAAGCUGUCCUGUUCUACCAUAAACCAGUGCCAAUGAACGAAUACGAACACUGACAAUGAAGGUGCAUACAGUCUCUUCUCGUUCCAAACACGAGCAGCCAAACUCCACAAAGCGCCAGCCUAAGAACAAGUGGCUCAUCCAUGGCAAAAAAAUCCGCCAGUCAGACCCAUGUCCAAGUUCUACAACAGCAAAGUUUGAGAAUCAGCUGGUUAACAGCCAAAUGACCAAACUGAAACGUUUACAGAAGACCUACACAAAGGCUGCCACGUUAACGUCCGAGGACAGGAAUUUACCUCGGACCAAGGGCAAGACAUUUUCCACACAACUCCCUCCUGUUCAGUCAAACGGAGGGACAAAGCAGCAGGAGGAGAAGGGAAGUGACUCGGAGGACUCUCAGGACUGGAGGUCCUACGCCAAAAGCAUUCUUCAGAACGGUUUGACAGGAGAAGGAAAUUCAGCUCCAGAUCAGACGGAGGAUGAGAUUUAUGAAUACCGUGCCCAGUUUGACAGCGUCAAGAAUCACACAGUGUUAGUCUUGCAGAAAGGCCAGUCGUUGUGUUUUCGAGGAAAAUGUCUAUUGACGUGCUUAAGUGGCCGUGUGGAGGUGCUGGGAUUCACCAUAGAGCAGGGCCAGCAGCCUUACCCACUCUUCUCACCAUCGUCUCACUGUGCCCUCACCAUCAGAGCUUUGGAAGACUGCUCACAUUCUGGCAAGAACAAGAAAGAAAACUGCCAGGAAGCUAAAAACAUCAUCCGCAAGUAUCUCUCCUCAGAGCCUCAGCAGCUAUUAAGCGAAGUGGACAUAAAUUCAUGUGUGUUGCUACUCCAGCCACUUGAUACACGUUUUACACGUUUCGUUGGCAGCUUUAAUGACUUCAGCUAUCUGUUUGGCCUUAACUCGAAAGAGCUGCGUUCUCAAGCCACCGUCUAUAACCCAGCGCUCUCAGCCGUGGGUGUUUUACCCCUCCGGGGUCCCUGUGCACGCGGCCUGGUAGCAUCCGACAGCUAUAAAGAAGCUCUUAACAGCCUGCUCAGUGCCUGGGAAGGUGAUUUUGACCGCUCUCCCAUUAUUCUCGUAUGUGGGGCUAAAAACGUGGGCAAGUCAACUUUUAACCGGCAUCUUAUUAACAGUCUACUGAACCACUCUGGAAGUGUAGAGUAUCUGGAGUGUGAUCUGGGCCAGACUGAGUUUACCCCUCCGGGAUGUCUAUCAUUAAUCACAGUGACGGAACCACUGCUGGGUCCUCCCUUCACACACCAGCGAGAGCCGGAGCACAUGGUGUUUUACGGGCAGUCGGAGUGCCAGGCUGAUUUGGACCGAUACCUGGACUCUCUCAAAUCUCUGUGGAGGCACAACAAUGGAGAGAGUCCAGUUAUCAUCAACACCAUGGGAUGGGUUAAAGGCCAUGGCUUCCAGAUACUGGUGGAUCUCAUCCGCAUCUUCUCUGUAACCCACGUGGUGCAGCUGAGCUACGGCGACACUACUCAGUGCCAUGCCCUCACCCCUGAAUUCCUCCGCUCUGCCCAGGGCUGGCACACGCAUCCUCCAGCCCAGGCUGCUCUUGCAGAGGAACCAUUCAAUCAGCACUCAACAAGGACGCAUGUGCAUAUCGGUGUUCGCUCAGAGUUCGAGGGGGCUGGCAUGUCUGGUGAAAUGCGUCACCAGCGCAGUAAUGUGCUACGCGACCUGGCGCUAUUAGCCUACCUCAGCCAGCUGCAGCCUGAAGAGCCUGGCCCUAUCCUCCCUCUGCACUGCUUUACCCCCUACCAGGUGCCCUACACAAGUCUAGCUCUCAGAGUCACACACUGCGAUGUAUCUCCCAACCACAUCCUGUAUGCCGCCAAUGCCAGUUUAGUAGCACUGUGCUGUUUAAACGAAAAAGUAGCAGGAAGAGGGGGUCCUGUUCUGCUUUCACAAACGCCCAUCUGUAAGUGCGUGGGCUUAGGUGUUAUUAGAGGGGUGGACAUGGCGCGAGGACUCUACUUACUGGUCACUCCAGUGUCUCCUGCAAACCUGAGGAAGGUUAACUGUCUGCUGCUCGGGGAGAUCACUCUGCCUAAAAUCCUUCUCACUGUUCAGCAUGGUGUUGAAACAGAGCUCCCAUAUGUCACCACAGAUUACAGCUACGACAUCACUGGUGCUGGAAAACUCCACAUCUUUAAAGGACUGAUGAGACCCAGUUUUGUAAAAGCUAAAACGAAUAAAUAAGCGUGUGGGUGUGGGUGUGUGUGGGUGUGGGUGUGGAUUCCACCUUGGAUGAACAACAUUUGUAUCUCUGUAUUUCUUUUGCAUCGUCAAAUAAAGAGGCAUUAGCUGUUACAGAAUGUACAGAACAACAGACGUUUUCCUCUCGGAACUGUAUCGCAUCUGGAAACCUGGUGCAUGAUGGGAACUGUGGUUUCUAGACUCCUUUAUGAAACUGUUUGAAAAAGAAGGAUGUUUGAGCACAUGAUGCCUUGAUGCCUCACAAUUAAGUUGACAUUUCUGUUUUAUAUUUCAAUCCAUAUUUUCAUGUCAUUAGUAACAGGUUUGAAUAACGUGUGUUUCAGGUUACAUUCCUGUGCUGUACAGAUUGAAUUAUUAAAACAGCUUUCAUUUAAAU